UAUGUACAGACUACAGAUCUGUACCGUAAUGUAUCCAUGCGUGUUAGCAUUUCUUUUUUUGGUGCAUGAUAAAAUUUAAAUAUUAUUGAAUGGUAUAAAUUAAAUAAUUCAUCAUCAUGGCUGAUAAAAUAAGAGUUGAAUCAAAAUAUGAUAAAUAUGACCUCUCUGAUUCUGAUAAUGAAUACACAGAAAAAGAAAAGAAACUUAUUCAGAAAUUAAGCAAGAGAAAACAUGAUCCCGAAAGUGAAGAUGAAGUGUAUGGUUUUUCUGAAUCUGAUGAAGAUUCAGACAAUAACAUGAAUGAUCUAAGUAUAGCUGAUAGUGAUGUAGAAGGUAAUGAAAAAUCAGAUGAUGAUUUACCCGAUUCCAAAGCUUGGGGAAAGAAAAAGAGGUCAUAUUAUGCUACAGAUUAUGUUGAUGAAGAUUAUGGUGGAUUUGGUAAUGAUGAAGAAGCAGCAAUUAUGGAGGAAGAGGAAGCUAAGAACAUACAAAAAAGGCUUUUGGAACAGCUGGGGGAUGAGGACUUUAGUCUAGAUUUUUUUACAAAACAGGUGACUCAAGUAGAGGAAAGAGAGACUCUAAUAAAAAGCGACUUGAGUAAGAUGUCAAAAAGACAAAAACAUCAGUUGCUAGAGAAGGAGAGCCCUGAAUUUGCAGGUCUUGUUGAAGACUUUAAAACAAAGUUAAUUGUAGCUAAAGAUAACUUGCAACCUGUUUUGGCACUUGUUAAAAAUGGAAAAAUACCAAAAUGUGCUGCUUCAAAAUUUGUCAAAACAAAUUAUGAACUUAUAUUGAAUUAUUGCACAAAUAUUAGUUAUUAUCUUCUUCUAAAAAGUCAAAGAAUCAAUAUCCUAAAUCAUCCUGUUAUAAAAAGGUUAUACCAAUACAGACAGAUGUUAAACAAAAUGGAACCUAUAUAUUUGGAAAUUAUAAAACCACAAAUAGAUAAAAUACUAAAUGCAGUAAGAAAUAAUUUGGAAGUACAUAUUACGAAACAGUUACGAAAUAAAAAUGAUAAAAAGCGCAAGUCAUCUCCUUCAGCACCAGAAGUAGCAAGUAAAAAACAGAAAAUUACCAGCACUUUAGAAAAAGAUGAUGAAGAUACUGGUGUAUCUGAUGAUGAAAAUGACUAUGAAGGAAUUGAUUACUUCAAAACUGAUAAAAGAAAGAAAGCUGUUGUUAAGAAUGAUGAAUCAGAAGAAAGUGGAUUUUCUGAUAAUGAUGAUAAUUUGCCUAAUGACAUUGUUCAUCAAAGUAAAUUAUCAUCAACUCAUUCAACAGAUAUUCCUCAAGAUGUAGAAUACAAGCGUGAAAUCACUUACCAGAUUGCUAAAAACAAAGGUUUGACACCAUAUCGAAAGAAGGAACAAAGAAAUCCCAGAGUCAAACAUAAGUUGAAGUACAGAAAGGCAAAGAUUAGAAGGAAGGGUGCUGUACGAGAACCAAGAACUGAGCUUUCUCGUUAUGGUGGCGAAGCUUCAGGUAUCAAGGCUAAUGUAAAAAAGAGUAUAAAAAUAAAAUAAUAUUGCAUUACUGGCUUAUUUGUAUAUUA